AUGGACGAGGAAGGCAUCCCGCCCACCGCCCUUCGCGAGAUCUCUCUCCUCCAGAUGCUCUCCAAUUCCAUCUAUAUCGUCUGCCUCAUCUGCGUCCAACACAUCCACCAUAACGACAAACCCCUUCUCUACCUCGUCUUUGAGUAUCUGGACACCGAUCUCAAGAAGUUCAUCGAUUCUCAUCGCAAGGGCCCUAAUCCCUCUCAUCUACCUCCUUCUCAGAUCCAGAGCUUUCUGUUUCAGUUGUGUAAAGGUGUUGCUCACUGCCAUGGUCACGAUGUUCUUCACAGAGAUCUGAAGCCACAAAACUUGCUGGUUGACAAAAUAUCUAAUUUGUUCAUUUCUUGGCUGGAAUGGGAGAAGGAAGAACACGAAUGGGGGAAAUGCCCUCUUUUUUUGUUGGUUUGCUGGGUACAUAAGGGAAAGAACAAGAUUGUUCUUGUAUUUCUUGACUGGAAUCCAUGUAGAAUGAAAGGAAACAUGGGGUUCAUUAAGAGGAAACGUAGAAGAGAGGGGUGA